AUGCCGCACAAACAUACCCGGCGAGAAAAAAAAGAGUCAGACUUCGAACUUCCACCGACUCAAAUCGCCAAACCACUCCCGCCGUCAAUCAGUUCAAAAAAGAAUGCGGAGCAGAAGAAAGCGAAUGAGCCACAAAAGAAGAGCGCCCUCAAGAGGAAGCGCAGCGACGCCAAUACGGACGAUGCGCCUCGCGCCUUCAAGCGCCUGAUGGCUUUCGCCCACGGCAAGAAGCCGAGAUCAGGCCUGGAUAAUGGUGAUGCGCCGGAAAAGGGCAGGAGCAAGAGCAAAAAGAAAGGCAACGCGACAGGUAAAGGGACAGCAGACACUGCAGCAACUUCGGAAACCUCACCAGCCGAAGACCUCAAGAUUAGGCCAGGGGAGCGGCUCUCGGAAUUCAGCCAGCGUGUGGACGCUGCGCUGCCCCUUAGCGGACUGGUUCACAAGACGGUCAAGAACGGCAAGGACCCGCUUGGGCUGAAGGUUAGGAGGACAAAGAAGGAGAGAAAAAUGCAAAACAUGUACGCGGAGUGGCGGGCCAUUGACAAGAAGAUCCAGGAGAAGCGGGAGGAGGAACGGGAGUUGGCCGAGGAGCGAGAGAUGGAGAAUGAGGCUCUUGGGGUAUCGUGGAAGCUGGAGCUUGAGGCCCAGGGGAAGAAGAAGAAGAAGGGGAAGAGGGCCAAGUAUAUUGGCGAGGCGGGAGGGCCAGAAGACGAUCCCUGGGCGGAGAUUGUGAAGAAAAGGGGUGAGGCCAGGGUUGGUCUCAACGAUGUUGCGCAUGCUCCGCCGGAACUGAAGCUUCCUCGGAAGAACACAUUGGUGCGUGGCGCGGCCGUCGCGGUGGAUGAGAUUCCCAAGGCUGCGGGCAGCCUCCGGCAACGAGAGGAGCUGCAAGGCAUCCGGCAGGAGGUGGUUGCUUCGUACAGAAAGAUGAUGAGUGAAAGGAGGCCUGCAGUGGUUACUUGAGCGAAAAAGCUGGAACAAACAUAUCUAGCGAAUGCCCAUUGUGUUUAUGAAGGGCAGCAGCUACUGUGCCUGGUAAUUAGAUGACUCAGACAUGCUUAAGUGCCUUCGUACAGCUGCCUGCUUCUGGGAGGGUUGCUGCGAAAACAUGAUACAGGGCUGACACCUUCCAUCCUUCCAGUAAGCCGACAAUCGAGUUGAGAGCCUUUUCCGAUUCGGCCACAAGUCUACAUCAUUAUUUGAUUGCGCGAAAUGGUUUGAAAUGAGGAAAGGGUGCCUCUUAUCUGUGA